AGUACUAUGUUCGUUGUUGAAGAUAGUCGUAGUUCUUAUAAUUGCUAACAUCUGCAUCACUAGCAUUUGCAAAUAAUUAUGUUAUCGAUUAUUUCGAUUUUGUUGCCAUGUUUUCAAUUUUACGCAAGUAGGAAAUCACAAGGUACCACGUGAUUGUCGUUUACAAAUGAUCGUUACGACGAGUGUUAUUCUGUUUAGUAUCAUGAAAAUAUAAAUGAUACGUGAUGUGUACAAAAGUUUAGCUAUUCCCUGAGCAUUUUGCGAAGUAUUUGACAUUUUUCGUUGGUUGUUUGAAAAUUGAUUUUAUAAAAUUAAGAUUUUAUGAUAUUUAUAAAACAUGGCGCCUUAAAUUAGGUUAUAAAUACGUUGAAUCUUAACGUUCUUCUAUGAAUUAACUGUCUUGUAUUACGGCAAUUGUAGUACAUAUUUGAAUUUUAUUGCAAGUAUGGACAAGCAAGUGAUAACCAAAUGUAUAUUUGCUGCUAUGCAACAUAUAUAAAAAUAUGAAAAGUAACUCCAAAAAAGAAAAUAUUGAUGCGAAAAAAAAAUAUGUUUUUUUCACUGACCCUGACAUUAUUGUUCAACGUGCUGAAAUAUCUGCAGCACAGCAAGAUUACAUUAGUAAGCAAUCAUCUAAAGACGCAACAUCUAAUGUUCCAGUUCAAUUUGACUUGAAAAGUUUAGAGAGCUUAUCAUAUCAUUCUGUUCAACCAUAUCCUUUCACAUUUAUAAGUGCUGUGAAACGAAAAUUAGCUUUAAACGAUGGUUCUGAAGUUUAUAGGAAAACUCCCAAUAAUGAAAAUGCAGUUAAACCAGCUAUAUUAGAAUCUGAUAGUACACAGAAUUUGCAUCAAGUUGUACAGACAAUGGAUUUCGUAAGGCCACUAAAGGUUCCAGAUUUGAAAAUUUCUGCAAAGAAACUGGAUUUUUCUAACAGGGAAAAUUGCGCAUCAAAAGAGUUGGUAUCACAAAAAUUUGAGACACCUGCAAAGGAAUUUAUUCAUGAAAGAGGAGAAAAAUCGACAAAAAGUUUUGAACGAGUUCAAAGAAGAUUAGAUUUUUCAACCUCAGAUGUUUCGUCAACCAUCAAUAGCGAUGUAGAGCCAUUGAAGGUGCCAAAUAUUUCCAUAUCUUCGAAUUUGUCAAAAAAGAAGGAAUGUGUUAGAGAAAAUUCUAGAGAAAAAGAAAACAGAUCUAAAAGAAUUCGAAAAGAUGAAUCUUUGUUUUCUAACCAAGAUGAAACAAUACAAGAUUUUUCUAAAAGAUCUAAAAGUCCAAGACAUGCUUCUAGAAAAGAUAUUUCUAACAAUGUAAAUGAGAAUACAUUAGGUAUGAAAUUAAAAAAUGACAGAUUGUCAUUUCAUAUUCCAAAAGAAAGUGACUUUGCUCCAACAAAACCAAAACCAAAAAAUUUUGCAACAUCAACUGCUAAAAAGAUUAACGAUAAGAAACAUAGAUCUAUUAAUACUAGAUCUUUGAAAUCGAGAGAUUUUUCUUAUAAUGAGUCACUUUCUGAACGAUCUUCAGAAUUAUCAGGUAAGAUCACAACGAAAGAGUCUAGAAAUAUGUUUGAAAAUUUUGAUUCUAAACAUAAGAACGAUUCACAUACAUUAAAACAAAUAGAUGAUCAGAUAUGUACGUUUUUAUCAGAAAAUAGACAAGUUAAACAACAUCAAAUAACGUGUCAAACACAAGGAAACAUAUUUUUCAAGGAACAAAAUAAGAAAUCCGAAAAAGUAAAACCUUCAACAAGUAAAAUGGAUAACAAAAUAUAUAUAAUAAAUUCUAAAGAAUUUGAAGAUAUUGAAAGUGUAACUGAUUCAGACAUGAGUUUAAGAAGUCAAAGUCCAAUUAUUGUGUCUACACAACAGAUAAAAAAUAAAGAUUCUGAGAAAAUUGCACAAAGUGUUAAUAAAUCAAAUAAAGUUACUGAAGAUUUAAAGUAUGUAGAUGAUUCAUUGACACAAUCUACUAAUGUAAAUACAAAAAGGGAAGAAACAUCAUUUACAGAAAGCAUUGCUACUACAAUCAAACAAACUAGUAAUAGUAAUGAAUCUAAUUUAAACAACAGUAUUUUAUCAAGCGCAUUAUUAGAUCCAAGAAAAAUUUCAUUUAGAGAUGAAAAUCAAUCACAACAGGAAGAAUUUUGUGAUUUAAUUACACCAGAUAUGAAUCUUAUGCCUCGAUCUAAGCGAAAACGGGAAUUUAUGCAAAAUAGUAAUAUGGAAGCUGAGUUUAAGUAUUCAAAACAUAAUAUGAAUAAAAUUGAUACAGAAAAACCAGAAAAUAGUUCAUUGUUACAUCCAACUGCACUACAUAUGCAAUUUAAAGCUGAAUUGCAUCUUCUUGAUUCAUUUAAUGAAUCACUGAGACAGGUUAUAGAUGUUGAAAAAUGUUUAUAUGAUGUUAAACAAGAUCAAGAAAAAGAAUUACCAUUGCAGCAUAGUCAGUCAAAUGACCAAGUGAAAUCACAUUUCUCUAAAGUAACAGAUGAAAGGAAUACUAAUAAUAUGGAACAUUCUGAUGACAUUAAUAUAUCAUAUAAACAUGUUGUCACUGAUAAAGUGUUUCCAAUUCAAAAAAUCCAUCAUAUUACAAGUCAGACUGUGGCAAGUGAAUUUGACAAUGUGAAUAAAGUAAUUAAACCAGUAGUUAAAGCUGUAGAAGUACAAACUCAAACAAUGAAUGAUAUUGCAACUCAAACAAAUAUACGUUCAACUCGACGAAAUGUACAAAGUAGAUGCUCAGAAAUAUGUGGAAUGUCGUAUGAACAAGAAUUUGUUGGAGACAACGAAAUUCCACAUCUUUCUUUAGACUCGGUGGAGCAAUUUGGAGAUUUAGAUCAAAUAGAAGAAAUAUCAUUGUCUAGUAAGCUAAGAACGAUGUCCGAAAUAAGUUUACACGAAACAACAUCGUCUAUACGAACAGAGACUGGAACGGAAAUUAGCAUCUCCACUCGAGAUAUAAUUUGUUCUUUUAACAAAUAUUUAGAUUUCGAAAUUGCACAACUACUACAAGAUGAGAAACAAAGAUACGACAAAAUUGAGAUGUUGUUCAAAUCUCGUGAAAAAACCUUAAUUGAUCGAACUAAAAAGUUAGUGAAAUUGGAAGAACAAAAACGAGCAUUAAAAGAUACUGGGCAAGAUAGUCGUGUUAGUUCUGUGAAAAAAAAACAGAGAGCUUUACUUUUAAAACUGCAACAAGAAAAAGAUGAAAUGAAUAGAUUAAAAGAGCUUCACAAAAUUGCAAGUCAAGAACGUAAGCUUAUGCUACAGAAACAGAGAAACAUGUUCAAUCCUCAAAUAUCUACUAAAAAUAUUUUAACAAAAUUAAAACGAAGUGCAGAUAGUCAGUCUCCAAGGAAAUUAUCUGGACCUAUGAAGGGUUAUGAUAUAAGAAGUAAUAGUUCUAUGAGUUCUUUACUUGAUUCUGAUAAAUCUCAGCACGAUCGAUCUCAAAUAGAGGCGCGCAUGCAGAUAUCAGAAAAUGAUUUGCAUUUUUCUAAAAUUAAUUUACCAAAAAGUAAUAAAUUUACAAAUUUCGUUAAAGAAUCCAAUGUGUCACCUGAUAAAUCUGAUGAGCCUAUACAAAGUAAUAAAUUUCCGAAUUUCGUUGAAGAAUCUAAUGCGUCGCUCGAUAAAUCUGAUGAGCCUAUACAAAGUAAUAUAUCUCAAGAAAAAUAUCUUUAUAAAGCACAGAAAGAUGGAAACAUAUCCAAAUAUGAGAUAAAGUCAAGAAAAUUUGAAGAAAAGAUGCCCAAAGCAGACAUUAUAAAAUUGAAAUCUCAUCAACAUUCUGUUGAUCCAAAAUUAAUCCUAAAUCAGCCCAUGAGUAUUUCUGGGAAAUAUGUUUUUGAGAAAGAAAAAUCUUCUGAGGUAGAAUUGUCACAACAGAAUUCAAAUAAAUCUAUCUCUGAACAUAUUAAAUCAGACUCUGAAACUUUAGUAGAAGAAUUAUCUAAGAAGUCGAAGCCUUCUCAAACAAUUGAUGAUCAUUUUCAGAGUAUAGUAUCUCCAAAGGAAUUUUUGAAAACUGUUGCUACAAAUAGUGAAAUUUUGUCAGAAGAAAUAAGUUCUGUUAGUCAAGAUACCAUAUUGAAAACAUCAAAAUCAUCACAAGUGUCUGAAGAUAUUUUACAGACGUAUUCAAAAAGCUCUAAACGAAGCAAUAAAUCAAUUCUGACUGACAUGUCCAAAAAUACUCAAUAUAGUUCCGAGUCUAAAUCAAAUUUUAAACGUAGAAGUUCAAAGUGUCAAAAAAGCAAAUCAUCAUCUAGUAUAGAUACGGAAAAUAUAUUAGGAUCCAAAUCCAACUUUCAAAUGUCAGAAGAACUUGUCAAACAUCAUAAUAAACGAACAAAAAUAGAAAAGGAAUUUAUUCAAGAUGAUAAGAACGAUGAUACUGCAAUUACGGAUAAACAUACGAAGGAGAAGAAUUUAAAAUCAUUAACAGAUAGGGCAGAUGAUUAUGACAGUAAAGAGAAUGUAUUUUGUCAAAAAAUGUUUGAUAAAAAUACAAACUCCUACGAAAAUUUCUUGUAUAAUCAAGACAAUAAUGAACAUAAUUUUGAUGGGACAUCCACGAAACCUCAAAUUGGUAACUUUGCUAUUUCUCAUCACAGUUCCGGAGAAAAUAAUAGAAAUUAUUCCAAAUCCGUGAUUGUUAGUUCGCAAGAUCAUAAUUUAAUAUCUGAAAAACUUGAGCAAGUUUUGAAUGCACGUGAAGCUGCGCUUACUUCGCGGAAAAAUUGUGUAAAAAACUGGAUGGCUUGGCAUACGAAGUUAAAAGCUGAAGAAGAUCACGUUACUCAAAUGGAACAGGCUGCACUUAAACUUAUAACUGCUGCAUCUAGUGCUUUUUUACAUCAAGAUACUACUGUUUCAUCGGAUACUAGUGAUAUUGAAGGAAGAAUAGAGUUACUUACGGAAACAUUAGCCAAAAAACGAAUAGAAAUGUCACGCUUAAAAAAGGAAGCCAAAAAACAAACAAAACAAAAACUUCGGGCUUUAGAGGCCAACUUAUUGAAUCAAAUUAAGAAAUAUGACACAACGAUUUACGAAAUGCGUAAAAAAUUGGAAUCAGAAAAAGGAUUUUCUAAAGAUAACGAUAAAUUAGCGAUAGAGUCAAAAUCAUUAGCGGAUUUCAAAAUACCUGAGAUUCCUCUAAAAAAGCUGCAAGAUAUGUUCAAGUGUAGCGAUUUGUUAAGAUCUAGGUCAGAAUCUGAUUUAUUUUCUACGAAAAGAUUAUCAGCAAAAGAUUCCAUGAAAAAUAUUAAUUUAUUACAAGGGGAAACUAUUGAAACCGAUAGAAAUGAUUCUGAAGUGCACAAAUCUUCAAAAAGCACGAGAAUGUUGGAACAAUUGAGUUUUGCUAAAAUGAGUAUGGCAAAUGAUAGUACUCAAGUUUUUGAUGAAAAUAUAUCAGAACAAAUUGAAAGUGAUAAACUUGCUUCUGCUUCGAUGUCAUUAGUUUCAGGCGGACGACUUGACAGAAAUAUUUCUUGUGAAACUGGAAGAGAUGAAAUCGAAAACAAUCAAAAUGUUUCUGAAGUUAUUAGAACUGAAAGCAAUAUAUCGAAAUCCGAAACAGAUAUAAUUACACAAUCCGAAGCUAAACUUUCUAAAUAUGAUGCUACAAUUCAAUCUGAUUUAAAGGAGUAUAAAUCCGAUUUUGACACGUUUUCUGAACAGUCUCGGGCUAAAACUAUUUCAUCACAAUUUGAAGCUAAUAAAUUACAACAUUCAGAAUAUUCACAUAUAUCUUCAAGAAAAUCGAACGAUGUUCAAAAUUCCAAUACGGAAAUCAAGACCGAACUUACUAAUGACAAUAUUGAUUUCUCUAAAAAAAUGGACUUUUUACGUUUAAAUAAUCAAAUUUUGAACGAGGAUAUAAGUUCACUAGAAAAUGAAUUAAAAAUACUUUCAGAAAUGAUGUCGCGUUUUAAUAAAACAUCAAACAAAGAAACAAAUCACGAAUCACAAAGUGAAGAAAAAAGUACAUCAAAGGAUAUAUCAGAAAUACUUUCAGUAUCUGAUAAAAAUAAUGAAACUUCUGACGUGGAAAUCAUAAAAGAGAAUAAAAACACAAAUAUAGAAUUAUAUCAGAAAAAGAGUAAUUCUGAUAUUUCACAAUAUAUGACAAAUGAUACAAAAUUGAAAUCAGUUACUAACUUUAGUGACAAUAGAAGUAUAAUAACGAAAGAAGUUGAUAAUGUAAUAUCUAUUAUUAUGCCAGAAAGUAAAAUGUCGCUUUCUAAAUCAAAUAACCAGGAAAUUGAUUAUAAAGCAAGAAGCAAGAAAAUUUUGAAUGAAAUUGAAAAAUCUAUAAUAUCAGAACAUAUUAAAGGAACUAAGGGCGAUAUCAGUCGCUCGGAAAUGUUGAUUGAGAAUAACAAUUUAAACUUAUAUAAAAAAGAUGAAAAAAUAUCUAGUGAUACUUCUGCUGGCAUCAGGUCUUUAUCUGAAACUUAUUCAAAAACAAUGCAGAGUGAAGAAUGCACGAAUGCUAUGGAAUUUGAAACAAUACAUUCUGAAGAAAAUGUUGAUACAGAUAUUGAAGAAAAUUUGGUUAAUUCACGUAAUUUAAAAAACCGUCAAUCAUUAGAAUCGAAUAAAAAUCUUUCUUUCCUUUCAGAAAAAUCUAAUUCAAAUGAAAAAAAUGAAUCUUUAAAUCAAUGUACAGAUCUCAGUCAUAGCCCAAUAAUAAAUGAUGUACUUACUGUAGAAACUCACUCAGAAAAUAAAAGUGAUUCAUCUCUCAAUAUUCUGCAAGAUGAUUCAAAACAGACAAUAGUUACAGAAUAUAUAAAUGAGUUACUAAAAAGACAAAUUUCUCCACAGUUAUCAAAUUUAACCAAAAUAAAUAAUAAUUCCAUAGAUUAUAUGAAAAAUACAGUAAAUGAUGGUAAAUACAAAAAUAUAAAUGAUGUAUAUCCAACUUCAGAAGUGGAAAGUGUAAAAUUAAUCUUAAAUGAAUACAAAGAAUUUAGCGAUAAUAAUAAAAGUGAAGUAUCAAUUGAUGAGUUAAUAUCUAAAGAAGUUUCUCAGAAAUUUGUACAGGAAUCGAAACAAAAUGCUUCUGAUCACACUUUAAAUAUUAGCAAACAAGAAAUCGAUGAGAAUGAAAGUCAGACACAAGAAAUAUUUAUUAAUAAAACUUUUGAUAAAGAUGAUCGAAUUGCAUCUGACUCAUUUGGUACCCAUUCUACAUGCGAAAAUUCUCAAAAUCAAGCUUCAAACUUAUUGAACGAUGACUCGAGUAUAUUAUUAAAUUCAAAAGAUAUAUCCCAAAGAAUUAAUGAUUCUAAAAAUCAAAGUAAUGUAAUUAGUGAUGUAGAAGAUGUAGAAAAUAUGUUACUAUUUAUUCCGAAAAGUGAAUCUAAUAAUAUUGCUAUAUAUGGAACUAAAUUUGAGGAAACAAUUAUAGAUUCGCAUUUUGAAAACUCCUAUGAUAAAGCUAAAGAUAUAUUGGAUAUCAUUACUAAAAAUAAUGAUAGAGAACAAUAUGAAGAAGAAACUGAGCACAGUAUAGAAACCGAUGAUUUUCAAAAAGCUAUUUAUGAUUCUGUGAUUAAGAUACUGGAUAAAGUUGAAAAAAGUAUUGAGGAUAAUCCAAUAAAAGAAAAAAUCGAAAAUGCAAAUAGCAUAGCAAGUAAAAAUGAAAUAAAAGUCAUGAUAGAGGAGAAAGAGAAAUCAAUUUUGAGUUCACAAAAUAAAUGUUUAGAAGAAAAUAAAGAUGAAAUAAUUAGCGAAAAAAAUAUUACUUUCGAUAUUGACAGUGACAGAAAUGUUAAUGACAAGAUAAUAAUUAAUGAAAUUAAUACAGAGACCGCUAUAGACCUAGAUGUAUGCACAAAAAUCAAAGAUGAUGAAAAUAUGUGUUUUAGUGAAUCUAAAUCUCGAGAAAUUAUUAUAACAGAAUUAGAACUAGGAAGUGCGGAAAGCGAAAGUUUAUCAGAACUCGAAAUUGAUGCUAAAAUAGAAUUGGCAGAAGAAGAACUUAGAGAAAUAAAUAAAAGCGAUAAUAAAAAGGAAACCCAAGAAAAAACAGUGCAAGAACUAAAAUCAUUGGAACCUAUAAUAGAACAAGAUAGUUCUGAUGGCGAACAGCUUGACAAUUUGGUUGAAGUAACUGAAACUGUGUUGGAUGUUAUAGAAAAAGAGAUUAAAUAUUCUACAGAUUUUACUAGCGAAUCAGAAUCGAUUUCACAUAAUAAAACAAAUAUUCAAAGUGUUAAAAUUGAAAAAAAUGAAAUACAAUAUGAAGUAACUCCUCCCGUAAGAGUAAAUGAUAUUAAAACAGUAGAAAAUAUUGAAGCAGUUACAUCGAAUGCCUCACAAAAUAUUAUAGAUAAAACCUUUGACAUUUUGAAAGAUCCAGAGUAUGAAGAUAUUUCAGAAGAAAGUCUUGAAGUUUCUGAAAUAUUUGAUAAAAGUGAAACUCAGAAAUCUACUCUUUCACAAAAAUCAUCUAUAUUGGGAAAAUAUGAAGCAAUACCAAAAUCAGGAGAUGUAUUAAAAAUACUUGAUGAAAUUGCACAAAAAUUUUCAUCAAGUUCAGAAAAUGAUACAGACCAAUUUAAAAAUAAUAAAUAUAUUUUAGAAAACAAUAAAAAAUUGCAAACAGAAAUUUCUGAUACAGACAGCGUUGCAUCUUCAAAAGUUGAUAAAGUAAUUGAUAAAAACGAACAAUCGCUAGUAGAUAAUUUGGAAAACCAACAGCCUGAAGCAGUAACACUAGAAGAAGAAGAUCAAUUGAUUAAAAUAAUCAUUAGUUCAAAUGAAACUGCAGAAAAAGAAAAACAAGAACAAGAUGUAUUAUCUGAAUCAAGUGAAGGUAGAGAUACACCAAAAGGCGUAUCGGAAAUUGAAAUGGAUUCUCCUAGAGAUCUUAAUGAUUCAAAAUUAAAUAUUGAUGUGUUAAAUGAUGAUUUACUGAGUAAUUCAAACAUGGAAAAUCAAAAUACAGAUUCAAAAAAUGCAUUCCAUACCACUCCCAUUGUUGCAACAUCUGAAAAGGAUAUAGAAGUUAUGAUAGAUAAAUUAAAAGCCUCAUUGAAACAACCUGGUAUGGAAGUUGCAGACUGGGAAGCAAAAUUGCUUCGCAUUGAACAACUUCAAAUUGAGUUAGAGAUUAAGAAAUUAGAAGCGGAAGAAGUAUCUUUCUAUGUUAGAGAAAUACCAAACAAACCACCACCUCCCUACACACCACCUGGAAGCGGUGCAAGAAUUUCAACAUCUCUUGGAUCACCUUCUCCUCCUCCAGCCGUAAUUCCUUCUAAUAUAGAAGAACUAACCGCAUUUACUGAAAAAGCCACAGCAAUAAUAUUUGAAGCUAAAGAGACUGGAGAAGAUAUUAUGAACUUAGAAGCUCCUUCCGAAAUCUGCGAAUUAACCAAAGAAAAUGACGAGACUGUAAAAAAGGACAGAAGAAUUUACAACACAUUCCUGUUUGAUUUAUGCAAAGAAACAAUCGCUGAAGUUUAUCAGGCUGAAUAUGAAAAACCAGGUCCAAGUUGGACGAAACCAAAUGUGAAGACGAAACCCACAAUGAAGAUCCCUAAAACUAUACAAGAACUUAAUGCUUAUGUGAAUAAAGAAGUGGCCACAUUGUUUGGUUUUAAAACGAAAUUACAACGGGAAAACAUGGUAAUGCGUUGGAGUAGGAAACGAAGAGACAGGGUUGAUGAAUUGUUAGCUAGAGAAGCCCAGGCUGAGGAAGAUGAAUGGACAAAAUUCCAUCAUGAUGAACUUGCGGUAAAAAAUGGUCUUACUGUAACUAUAUUAGAUACUUUGUUAAUGGAGACUGUGAAUGUAGUUAAAGUAGCAUAUGCAAAGAAAAGGAAAGUAAUGGUUUAGUUUUUUUUUUUUUUUUUUUUUUUGCCGACGUUAUGACUAAUGACUGGUAAUGAGAUACCACUAUAUAAAUUAUGA